GUAGCGUGUUUAGUCAACCUGGUGGCGCUGAACAACCAACUGUCGGCAGCGAAGAAGCUGCCAGCCGACGUCGAGGAACUCACGGUUUUUGGUGCAGCGAACUUGCAGUGCCGUCAGUCGUGUUGUUUCGCGUUUAUCCUGGAUUGUUCCGGUGCGAGUACGCGAAUUUAAACGGGACGUGAUAAGUGCGUAACUUCCAACGGGAAAUAUCGUUUCACCUGGACGACGCGAUGGUCAGCAAGGAUCCGAAGAUAGUCACCGCGGAGAUGGCGAACCCCUAUCUUAAACCACCGAGCAUGUCGACCAGCCAGUCUUUAAAGACUUUUAUUUACAAUCGCGAAACAGGCGCGGUUAUGGGAAGAACAGCCAGUAGCUGGGGUAAAAUAGGAUUGUUCUAUUUGAUAUUCUACGGAGUACUGGCUGCAUUGGUUGCAAUUUGCUUCUGGGGUUUCUUUCAAACGUUGGAUCCAAGGAUACCAAGGUGGCAGUUGGAACGCUCAAUAAUUGGAACAAAUCCUGGAUUGGGAUUCAGGCCACAGCCUCCACUAGAAAACGUGGAGAGCACGUUGAUUUGGUACAGGGGAACCGACAGCGAAAACUACAAAUACUGGGUUGAUUCGUUGCAGGCAUUCUUGAAAGACUAUAUAACGCCAGGCUCGAUUCCUGGUCUUGGUGCAAACAUUAACAAAUGCGACUACAAUCAACCCCCUCCUCCUGGUAAGGUCUGCGAUGUCGACGUGAAGAACUGGAAUCCUUGUACUAAAGAGAACCAAUACAAUUAUCAUAAAUCCGCUCCGUGCAUAUUCCUCAAGCUUAACAAGAUAUACGGCUGGAGACCAGAGUUUUACAAUGAUACAGAAUCGCUGCCAGAGAAAAUGCCAUUGGAACUGAAGAAACAUAUCCUCAGUGUGAAAGCAAAUAAUAGUUUAGAACUUAAUACGGUUUGGGUAUCUUGCGAAGGAGAGAAUCCGGCGGACCAAGAAAACAUUGGACCAAUUCGUUACAUACCACGAAGAGGUUUCCCGGGUUACUUUUAUCCGUUCGAAAAUUCUGAGGGUUAUCUCAGUCCCUUGGUAGCUGUUCACUUUGUUCGACCACGCACUGGAAUUUUAAUAAACGUAGAAUGCAAGGCGUGGGCGAAAAACAUUCAGCACAGACGCCACGAGAAAUUAGGCGCAGUUCAUUUCGAGUUGAUGAUAGAUUAACGUCGUCCGCAUAAUUGUCCUGGCCUCUUCUUUGUUAACAUACAAAAAAAUGGAUGCGAAUCUCGUGUUUUCUGACUCUUCGACAUAGCUGGACGCUUUUGAAUCGAUUAACGAAGCCGUCAGAAAUCGAUAACUGCUGCCAAAGUGGAUGAUACUUUUGCCGAGUACAAAGUUAAAAGGAUUUUUAAUUUGAAAUCCGAUCUAUAUAAAUUUUUAGAGGUUAUCUGCAGUUUCGAUCACAUUCGUUUAAUUCGGGGGUAAUUUUCAUUAACUUAACAUGAAAAACAAAUAUAUAUAUUUAUUGUACGUGAAUAUAUGGGUAUAUUUUAACGUUAAAUAAUAACUAAAUGAUACUCAUGUGGUAAAUGUUAUCAGUAAAUAUUAGAUAUAUUUCUUUUUCUCGAUGUCAUAGUUAAAUGUAACGGACAUUUAUGUCUAUGUAUCGUGUUUCUAUUGUUAAAUUAUGAUUGAUCGAUAUUUGUAUUGGCUCAGUUCAAAUUUCGAUUCUGUAAAUUUGUUUUAAAAAAA